GGUUAAACACUGCGAAAGUGUGUUUACGUUAUUUUGCGACAGCCGCUAUCCCCGCACGACAGGUGCCGUGUUCGGUCGCAACGUGGAGUUGUUUACUGUUACCCCAGAGUGCUGUCGGGCUUUAAAGACAGAUGAAGCACUUUUAACAGACCUCCUUUCGUAAAUAAUUGGACUAGGUGACUAACGAAGGAAAUGGGGAAGCCAAAGAAAAAGAGUGACCUGAGCCGAGCCGAGCUGAUGAUGAUGACCAUUGCCGAUGUCAUCAAGCAGCUGGUUGAAGCCCACGAGAAGGGAAAAGACAUCAAUCUUAACAAAGUUAAGACUCAGGCUUCAGCUAAAUAUGGACUUGAAGCUCAGCCCCGAUUGGUGGAUAUCAUCGCAGCUGUUCCACCGCAGUACCGUCGAGCGCUGGUGCCCAAACUAAAGGCCAAACCUAUCCGCACUGCCAGCGGGAUUGCAGUCGUAGCUGUGAUGUGUAAACCUCAUCGAUGUCCUCACAUCAGCUUUACAGGCAACAUCUGUGUCUACUGUCCCGGUGGACCGGACUCUGACUUUGAGUACUCCACACAGUCUUACACUGGCUACGAGCCGACUUCCAUGAGAGCCAUCCGAGCUCGUUACGACCCCUACCUGCAGACCAGACAUCGAGUGGAGCAGCUGAAGCAGCUGGGCCACAGCGUCGACAAAGUGGAGUUCAUCGUGAUGGGAGGGACCUUCAUGGCUCUGCCUGAGGACUACAGAGACUACUUCAUCAGAAACCUUCACGACGCCCUGUCAGGACACACCUCUAACAACGUGGCUGAGGCUGUCAGGUACUCGGAGCGCAGUAAUACCAAAUGCGUGGGGAUCACUAUCGAGACGCGGCCCGACUACUGCCUGAAGCGGCACCUCAGCGACAUGCUGGGCUACGGAUGCACCCGGCUGGAGAUAGGAGUCCAGAGCGUCUAUGAAGACGUGGCCCGCGACACCAACAGAGGCCACACGGUGCGAGCUGUGUGCGAGUCUUUCCACCUGGCAAAGGAUGCCGGCUUCAAAGUGGUCGCCCACAUGAUGCCAGACCUGCCGAACGUGGGCAUGGAGAGGGAUGUGGAGCAGUUCAUUGAGUUUUUUGAAAAUCCAGCUUUCAGGCCAGAUGGACUGAAACUGUACCCCACCCUGGUCAUCCGAGGCACGGGUCUGUACGAGCUGUGGAAGACCGGCCGGUACAAGAGCUACACGCCCAGCGCUCUGGUGGACCUCGUGGCUCGGAUUCUGGCACUGGUGCCGCCCUGGACCCGAGUGUACCGAGUGCAAAGGGACAUCCCCAUGCCGCUGGUGAGCUCUGGUGUGGAGCACGGCAACCUGAGAGAGCUGGCACUGGCCAGGAUGAAGGACAUGGGCACUGAGUGUCGUGACGUCAGAACCCGGGAAGUGGGCAUCCAAGAGAUCCACCACAAAGUCCGACCUUACCAGGUGGAGCUGAUACGGAGAGACUAUGUGGCCAACAGCGGCUGGGAGACCUUUCUCUCCUAUGAAGACCCUGAGCAGGACAUCCUGAUCGGUCUGUUGCGGCUGCGCCGCUGCUCUCCACAGUCCUUCCGCCCGGAGCUCAAAGGAGGCGUGUCCAUUGUCCGUGAGCUGCACGUGUAUGGCAGCGUGGUCCCUGUGAGCAGCCGAGACCCGAGCAAGUUCCAGCAUCAGGGGUUUGGCAUGAUGCUGAUGGAGGAGGCUGAAAGAAUCGCCAGGGAUGAGCACGGCUCCUGCAAACUGGCUGUUAUAUCAGGUGUAGGAACAAGGAACUACUACAGGAAGAUGGGCUACGAGCUGGAGGGACCGUAUAUGGUGAAGGACCUGUACUGGCCAGGAGCAGACUGAAACGGACUUUAUUUAUCAAAACAGCACUCUGGGACGCGAAUAUUAAUGUGAUGGUGUUCUGCAGUAUCGGAGGCGGUGCUGGUCAGCUUGUUUUAUCUGGAGCACACAGAGGCCGCCGCUGCUCCAUUUCUUCUGUUUUUUAAAGAUAAGGAGACGUACGAGAGGAUGUAAGGAAUUAGGGAACGUUAUCUAGGGUGAAGCCAGCCUUGUGUUUUGAGUUCAAAUUAAGAUUCUUUAAACGUACAGUGUCAUGAUAUGGGCGCCUUUUAUUUAAAGUUGUGCAUUUCCGAGUCUCCCCCUUUUUCUGUAAACACGGGUCCCGGUCGCACCGCUCAGACUCUUUCACAACAAGCAGCACUGAUUCACUUUGACAUGGAACAAGAGCCAACCUGCCGAGGCAUUUUUAAUUCCACUCCAAUGAUCCGUGCGCGCAGCGGAGAAAAAUCGGCAUAUCUGGGUAUCCGUGAAAUAACCGUUUGCCUGGGAUGGAAUGAGACGCCUGCAUCACGGUUCCAGUUAAUCAUGUUUAUGUUGCAAUCACAUAGAAACCCAUUACGAGGGGAGCGUUCAUUAACGGACGGCGGCGGAUGAACAAACAGUGGAAAGCGUCCUCGCCGGGCAGCUGUUGUUUUGAUUUGUAGGGCAGGAAAUUGAAUAUUAGCGUUACAUAAAAGCGUCUCAGUUAAUCCUGUUUCUUGUGUUUUCUGUCAUGCCUUCUUGUCUUUUUCUGGAACAAUAAAGUAUAUUUCAGUAACUGCUUGCGAGAUUUUGAGUUGUUGUUGCAGGGAGACCUUUGAGGCGUUAAAACUAAACGACAGAAAGGUGGAAAGCUUCCAGGGGUAAAGGUCACAUCCUAUCAGAGGCUCCGAUAAUGUGAUCCUCAUCGCCGGGGGUUGGUAGCAGACCCGCGCCGAGAGCUCAUUUGACAAAUCCUUUCCGGUCAAAUCUCGUACCUGUCUGGCUGCUGUUUUAAACCACAGUCACAGGAAAGCGUUUGUCAUCAAACAUAGCGAUAAAGGGGGCUCACAUGGAGACCUCUGCCUCGUGUAGGAUUCGACCGCACGGGCGACUGGAGCUGAACAGAUGCGGCCGCUGUGUCGUGACUGCGCUGUGUGUGUGUUGGUGUUGCAGUCCUGACGGAGUGAGGUACACGCCACACUCGGGCUUUUCUCUCCACGCUUGUUCACUCCUUCUAUCAGCUGUGAAAUCUGAAAGGACUCCUCGUCCCCCACCCGCGCCGCCACACUGUGCGGAGUCGGGUCUCAUCUUCUCUGCGACACGAGCCGAGGUGCAGCAGGCUGAAGGUUACAGAACUGCCCACUAACAUUACCACAGUGAGAGAUGAGAAAGGCAUCGAGCUGUGGUGAGCUUCAAACCGUUUUAGACGCCCGGCC